AUGCCAUCGGCCGCGGCAGCCGCAGACCCGGUCUGGGACACAUGGGCCUCCGUGCCGUGGACGGCGGUAAACCUUCCAGAACCGACCUCGCCAGCUGGCUGCGGUACCAACAUCCUCGGCUGGCUCAAGACCGGCGUGCCGUACCUCCCGCGGGGGGAAGCGCUCUCCCUCCAAACGCUCGACCUCUGGAUCCCCUCCUCCGCCACCGGCACCGGCGUCGCCCCGGACAUAAACAGCCUCCCCGCUGGCCAGCCGGGCAGCGUCUGGAUAAUCUACAUCCACGGCGGCGCCUGGCGCGACCCGCGCAUCACCUCCGCCUCCUUCAACCCGGCCGCGACCAACCUCCUCCGCGCGCUUGCCUCGGAAAACAGCAGCAGCAGCAGCAGCUCGUCCCACUGCACCAAACUGGCGGGCCUCGUAUCCCUGAACUACCGCCUCUCCCCGCACCCGUCCCACCCUUCCUCAGACCCGGCCCGCAAGGCCAAACACCCAGACCACAUCUCCGACGUCCUCGCCGCACUGUCCUUCCUCUCCCGCCUGGGCGUCAUCCCCGGGGGAGCGAACAACAACAAUAACAAUAACAACAACAACGACAACAGUACGAAAUGGAUCCUAGCAGGCCACUCCUGCGGCGCAACCCUGUCCUUCCAGACCCUCAUGCCUCGCUACCACUUCCUCCUCCCCCUAUCACCACCAGAACCACUAACACCAGCGGUACUGCCACCACCCAGCGCAGUGGUGGGGUUCAACGGGCUGUACGACCUCGCAGGCUUCAUCGCCGAUGCGCCAGAGAGUCACGCCCACCUGCGCGACGGGUAUCGGGAGUUUACUGUCAGCGCAUUCGGUGGGGACGAGAGCGUGUGGCGCGCCGUGUGCCCCGCUAGUUGUGAGCCCGGGUGGGUGGGGAAGGGAUGGCUUGGGCAUGGGGAGGGGGCGGCAAAGAUAGUAGCGGUGCUGGUGCAGAGUCGCGAGGAUCAGCUUGUGCCGUGGCAGCAGCUGGAGCGGAUGCGGGAUUGUUUGGAGAGGGAGGGGCCCAUUGUCCAGGAGGUGAGGGUUAGGGAGGCGCGUGGGGAGCAUGAUGAGAUCUGGCGGGAAGGGGGGAGGAUGGCCGAGGUUUUGUGGGAGGUUGUCGAGGGGUUGUAA